AUGUUGGUAUAUUGGCGAGUUUUUGCUUUCCUGGCGUUACUGUUCCUCCACAGUCGCGGUGCCAUGAGAGAAAAGAUUGUUGAUUUCACGCAUCACGAUUACAAUGCAAUGACAAAGAUUCUCCAUACCUUCGCGACAAAAUACCCAUCGAUAACUAAACUUCAUCCGCUGGGAGAAUCGGUCCAAAACAGGAUUCUUUGGGUGUUAGAAAUUUCGGAUAAUCCAGGCGUCCACGAACCUGGUGAGCCUGAAUUUAAAUACAUCGGCAACAUGCACGGAAACGAAGUCGUGAGCAGAGAAAUUCUACUUCAUUUUAUUGAAAGUUUACUCGACGGAUAUCAAAGAAAUGAUGAAGAAAUAACCAACUUGAUUAAAAAUACAAGAAUUUCCAUUAUGCCCUCUAUGAAUCCUGAUGGUUAUGAACGGGCAAAAGCUGUUCCAAGGAACGAUGAAGGCGAGAGAUGUACUGGUGUUGUCGGGAGAAGAAAUGCAAAUAAUGCUGAUCUUAAUAGGUGAGUCAACCCUUACUUAUAAUUAAGCGAUCGUAGAAACAGCUCUAUCGAGGAUUGUAAUGCAGAAACUUUUGCUUUUUAUUCCAUUCUCGUCAAUCAAUUACCACCAUAAACCUGUAUUUUCAUCAUAAUUUUAAAUUUUCAAAUAUAUUUUCAAUCUCCUUUACUUUAAACUUGGAAUGGUGAUCAUAAGAUUGUUUUAAUGUUUUCAUCUUGAAAUUUAUUAUUGGGAAAAAAACUUACAAGUAAAAAUGAAGAUUGGAUGGUAAGCCUAUUUAAAAAUGUUAUUCUGCCAGGAUUUUCACUCGUAGGAAAAAAAUUAUUUGUCAGUUGCUAAACAGAGAUCCUCAUUAUACCAAGCAAAUUGAUAAUAAAAUAAUAAUUUCUUUAUUUUUUUUUUUUAACGCAGACAUAUAGACCUUAAAAACAUGAACAUCAGUUAAAUCUCCAGCAAAACUUACAGAUGUUUCCACGUUGACUUACAUGAAACAAACUCCCAUAGUUACUAGUUCUUGUUAUAAUAUUAUUUAUGGACUUCUGGACAUUUUUCCUCAUCACCAUAGUUUUAUUGUUCUUACAUUUUUUAACAAACACAAAGUGGUACCGUAGAACAUCCAGAUGUAAAAAAAUUCUUUUUAAUUGUACCUUGCUAUUGUGGACUCACACUUGUAAGGACACUAUCUUUUGAUCCUCAGUGUGUCCAUGAUAACAAAAGUUGUCUGUACAAAACAAGACAGUUUACCUAGCAAAGUAUAGCUUUGCCAAAGAGCAUGGUCACUAGGUUCAUCAACAUAUUUAUGUGAAGUCUGUUCAAUUAAGGUUUGGAAUCCUUGUAAGAUAGAAAGAUUGUUAUUGAUUGUUAAGGCCUGAUUGUACUUUUUAAAAUUUCAAAGUUUUGGCUUUUUGUAUUUUUCUAUAACCUUGUGUCGCUGGGUGGCUUUUAACAUGAUGUUAAACAGACCCUUUACAUACAUGCAUCCUGGCAUACAUGUCAUGACCAAAACAGCAUGGAUGUUCACCCGGAGACUCAAAUAUUGUGAAAGUUCCUACAGCUUACCAAAGUUUUAGAGGUCUGUACCCAAGGUUUUAGCCAGAAGGGUGUCCAGCCAUCCUAUUGACGCCCAUUUUUCUAAGAAAUGCAAAGAAAAUUCACUUAAUCUCUUAUAAUUUUAUGGGAAAACAUGCCUUCUGGACGGCCAGUUUUCAAUGUCUGUCUGUCUAUACCUCUACUAGAUUUGAUAAAAAGAAGAAAAAACAUGAAGUUUAGUCAAAUAAUUUGGAAGGAAAACAAACAGAACUCUUUCCCUGAGUAAAAAAAUCCUUAAUUAUGUCUUUGUCGUGAAUAAUGUAAUAAUAAUUAUUAUAUUAUGCCCUCAAAUUGUGGACGCAUUUUUGAUACAAAGACAUUGCGUUUUUGUGUGUUAGUAGGGAGCUUAAGCAGUGACAAAUUCACUUUUUAGUGACAUUUUUGUAGCCAUUGCUGCGGUUGUUGCUUAAGUUCCCUAAUUAUUGAAAUAGUUCUGUUACAUGGAAUUAAAAAUUUUCAACCAAGAUGAGAAUGAUAACCAUGGUCACAGGAAACAAAAAAAAGCCUGGUCUGAAAAGGGUUUAAAAAAAUACAUGGUUCUACAGUGGAACCCCAUUAAUACAGUCACCAAUGGGUAAACAAAAUUUGACCGUAUUGUUGGGGCUGGCUUAAAUUUCAUGACUUGAGGGCUGCAAUGACAAAUACACCGUACAUCGCAUUCGCAUUUCUUGAACAACUGUUCUCAUAAAUGAACAACCGGAAUGUAGAUGUCGCGUACAGUAAUAACAUUGAAAAAAAACUACUUAAACUACUUAUUGACCGUACCAGGUCAAUAAAACUGGCAUGUCACAGGCAUUUUAAUUUUGUAAAUUUUGAACAAGUGGCCAUAUUAACGAGAUGAAAUCCUGUUGGGAUUUUAAAAUGUUGGGAUUUUAAAAUGUGGCUGUUGGUUGAUUAAUAGGUGACCACAUGAAUGGGGGGUUUUCAUAAGGAAAAGUAGGCCAUUUUGCCAGGCGGAAAAAGGGUGGCCAUAAUAACGAGGUGACCAUAUUACCGAGGUGGCCAUAAGGCGAAGUUCCACUGUAUUUCCAAAAAUACAUGUAACUAUUAAUUAUAAUUGGUGAGCAUCAGAAAGUGGCAGCAGAAUACUAAUAAUAUUAUUGUUGAUUUUUAUUCUUAUUAAGUGUUUUGUUUUUUAAAUGCUUCAUUGUUUGUUUUCAUCCAGAAAUUUUCCAGACCGGUUUGAUGAAAACAAAGCAGCAGAUGAAAGUAAAUUACAAAAAGAAACUCUUAUUGUGAAGAAAUGGAUUGAUGAAAAUCCCUUUGUUCUGUCAGCUAACCUCCAUGGGGGUUCCUUAGUGGCAAAUUACCCUUAUGAUGAUAGAGCCGACAAACGUAGUGUAUAUAGUGCAACAACUGAUGAUGACAUUUUUCGAAAGUUGGCAUUAACUUAUUCUGCAAACCACCCAACAAUGCAUCUGAAUAAAGCACAAUGUGAUGGCGAUAAUUUCAAGGAUGGUAAGAUUUGUAUACUGUCUUUUAUCUGUUAUCUUUCUAUUGUCUACAUGUAAUAGCAUCGCUUUAUUUCAUAAGUAGCUUGAGCAUGAUCCUCCGGGUGCUGGUAGCUGUUGACUCGUUUUUUGUUUUAAAAGAUGAUAAUAAUUAUAGAAUAAGUGCAAUCACCUUCACCAAAUUCAUAUGGCAUGAUUCUGGUAUUGUGAAAGUCAUUGUGCAAAGGAACAACAAACUAUUGUUGCUCUUUCAAAAGACAUUGCAUUGCUCAUGUUCUUUAUGCCAACCAGGUACUUGACCAAUAAAUUAUUAUAGGAUGUAGUUUUAGGUAAGAAUUUGGGAGUUUCUGAAUGAACACGAGUGGCAAAUGCUCCUACCACUACUAGGUUCCAAACCAUCUAUCACAAGAAAUAGUUGCAAAUUUUACGUUGCGUUCAAUUGGGAAAUCGGGAUUUCAGAUUUGCAAUCAAGCGUAAAAACUGAAAACAGAUAAAUUCCUUUCUGAGAAAACCGUCCUCAGGGUGGAUUUCACUCAAGAAAUCCAAAUCUUGAUUUCAUGGAUUUCCUUUUUACUGUUCAAUUGGGAAAUCCAAAAAAGGAUUGCAAAACUAUUCUCAUCAACAGAGGUCUUCAAGGUGUGCAAGACAGCUGUUCUUAAGGACAGUUUUCAAAUCCUUUUUCAGAUUUUGCCAAUGGAACGUUAAAAAGGAAAUCCAAAAACAGAUAUCUCAGUGUUAAAAUCCAUUUUCAGAUUUCUUGUUCGAUUGCAAAUCCGGAUUUUAAAAUCUAAAUCCAGAUUUCCCAACUGAACGCACCGUUAAAAAGCUAUAUCCUUUAACUGUAAAUCAUCUGUCUUGCUGCACUUGUUUAAAAGGAGAGAAAUACUAUCCACUGAUUAAAUCACUAUCCAAUGGAUAAUUAACAAUUAUUACUGAGUAUGAUGUGAACACCUAAAAAAUUUCAGGAAUGUUCAUGGUGUACUGGCCAAUUACAGUAAAGUUCAGGAAUACGCAAGCAAACCUCAAAACUACAAACUAAUUACUGUUGCUGUUUACCACCGCGCGGUUAGCUCAAUGGGAUAAGUGCCGGUCUGCUGAGCGGGAGGCCGUAGGCUCAAACCCCGGCCGGACCAACACUCAGGGUCUUUAAAUAACUGAGGAGAAAGUNUUCAUAAGGAAAAGUAGGCCAUUUUGCCAGGCGGAAAAAGGGUGGCCAUAAUAACGAGGUGACCAUAUUACCGAGGUGGCCAUAAGGCGAAGUUCCACUGUAUUUCCAAAAAUACAUGUAACUAUUAAUUAUAAUUGGUGAGCAUCAGAAAGUGGCAGCAGAAUACUAAUAAUAUUAUUGUUGAUUUUUAUUCUUAUUAAGUGUUUUGUUUUUUAAAUGCUUCAUUGUUUGUUUUCAUCCAGAAAUUUUCCAGACCGGUUUGAUGAAAACAAAGCAGCAGAUGAAAGUAAAUUACAAAAAGAAACUCUUAUUGUGAAGAAAUGGAUUGAUGAAAAUCCCUUUGUUCUGUCAGCUAACCUCCAUGGGGGUUCCUUAGUGGCAAAUUACCCUUAUGAUGAUAGAGCCGACAAACGUAGUGUAUAUAGUGCAACAACUGAUGAUGACAUUUUUCGAAAGUUGGCAUUAACUUAUUCUGCAAACCACCCAACAAUGCAUCUGAAUAAAGCACAAUGUGAUGGCGAUAAUUUCAAGGAUGGUAAGAUUUGUAUACUGUCUUUUAUCUGUUAUCUUUCUAUUGUCUACAUGUAAUAGCAUCGCUUUAUUUCAUAAGUAGCUUGAGCAUGAUCCUCCGGGUGCUGGUAGCUGUUGACUCGUUUUUUGUUUUAAAAGAUGAUAAUAAUUAUAGAAUAAGUGCAAUCACCUUCACCAAAUUCAUAUGGCAUGAUUCUGGUAUUGUGAAAGUCAUUGUGCAAAGGAACAACAAACUAUUGUUGCUCUUUCAAAAGACAUUGCAUUGCUCAUGUUCUUUAUGCCAACCAGGUACUUGACCAAUAAAUUAUUAUAGGAUGUAGUUUUAGGUAAGAAUUUGGGAGUUUCUGAAUGAACACGAGUGGCAAAUGCUCCUACCACUACUAGGUUCCAAACCAUCUAUCACAAGAAAUAGUUGCAAAUUUUACGUUGCGUUCAAUUGGGAAAUCGGGAUUUCAGAUUUGCAAUCAAGCGUAAAAACUGAAAACAGAUAAAUUCCUUUCUGAGAAAACCGUCCUCAGGGUGGAUUUCACUCAAGAAAUCCAAAUCUUGAUUUCAUGGAUUUCCUUUUUACUGUUCAAUUGGGAAAUCCAAAAAAGGAUUGCAAAACUAUUCUCAUCAACAGAGGUCUUCAAGGUGUGCAAGACAGCUGUUCUUAAGGACAGUUUUCAAAUCCUUUUUCAGAUUUUGCCAAUGGAACGUUAAAAAGGAAAUCCAAAAACAGAUAUCUCAGUGUUAAAAUCCAUUUUCAGAUUUCUUGUUCGAUUGCAAAUCCGGAUUUUAAAAUCUAAAUCCAGAUUUCCCAACUGAACGCACCGUUAAAAAGCUAUAUCCUUUAACUGUAAAUCAUCUGUCUUGCUGCACUUGUUUAAAAGGAGAGAAAUACUAUCCACUGAUUAAAUCACUAUCCAAUGGAUAAUUAACAAUUAUUACUGAGUAUGAUGUGAACACCUAAAAAAUUUCAGGAAUGUUCAUGGUGUACUGGCCAAUUACAGUAAAGUUCAGGAAUACGCAAGCAAACCUCAAAACUACAAACUAAUUACUGUUGCUGUUUACCACCGCGCGGUUAGCUCAAUGGGAUAAGUGCCGGUCUGCUGAGCGGGAGGCCGUAGGCUCAAACCCCGGCCGGACCAACACUCAGGGUCUUUAAAUAACUGAGGAGAAAGUGCUGCCUUUGUAAUAACAUCUUCAAACGGUUCUGACUAUUUAGUCUUCUCGGAUAAGGACGAUAAACCGUAGGCCCCGUCUCACAAGCCCUUGCACAUGUAAUAAAUCUGCGGGACGUUAAACAACCCACACACUCUUCAUAAAGAGUAGGGCACAUAGUGCCUGAUGUAGUGGUCUAUCUCACUUUCACAUUCAUGUAUGGGGGCAUCAUUACUCAUUCCUUCAUUACUUAUAAAUUGCACCUUAAGCAGAGUGGCAAAGUCCCCCAACCAGUGUUGUAAAUUAACCCUGAAAAGCCCUGUGGGGAGUGGAUAAUAAGAUAUUUACAAUUUAUUUAUCUCGUGGCUUAUUGGCUAAUUCCUUGCAACACAAUAACAUUCCAUAAAUAUUUCUGGUGUUUACGGUUCUGUGUGUUUCACAGUUACAAACUUACCUCCUCCUAGACUUUCUUUUAUACUUUAGCCUAUUUUUUGGGACAGUUUCAUGAUAUUAACAGUUGCUUGUUACCGGCAGAUAUUCGUCAAAAAGUAGAUAAUAUGCUUCGAGCAAUAAGUUUUGCAUAUUCUUACAUUUCUUCUGUCCAGUUUUGUCAGAAAUUCAGCUAUUUUGAAUUGGAAUCAAAAGUUUUUUCAGUUCAUUGUUGCCCAAGCACCCUCAUUUCCAGGCAAAUAUACAUUGAUCAACCUCUUUUCCAAGCAAAUGUACCGUCAAAUCGAUGUUUUAUGACUGCAUCUUCCAAAUUUGGUCAAGACCAGCUGGUAAUGAAGAAUUAGCCAGUGGAUUUGAGUCAAUCAGAAACGGCAAAAUAUUUUGAAUGAAUAAUAAUUAAAUAAUGCAAUCUAGUGGUUUCCCUAAUAGUUGGCCGCUGUCAACAGAAAUUUAUCUAUUUGGUAGCCCUAUCCAAGUUUCAAACAACUGGAACCUAAUCGCUUUUUGUUAAAAUGGUGAAAACCAACAGGGAUCCAUGCCGAGUUUUUAUGUUUGCUCAAAUGUUUAGUUCUAAUCCCUGAUCACUCUUUCUUAGGCAUCACAAAUGGUGCUCAGUGGUAUUCAGUCACUGGUGGCAUGCAAGAUUACAACUAUGUUAGAAGCAAUGCUUUUGAAAUUACUGUUGAAGUCAGCUGUUGCAAGUUUCCAUCUGAGUCUACACUUGAACGGUUUUGGAAAGAAAACAAGAAAUCCCUGCUUGAAUAUCUAAAGCUUGUUCACACUGGUCUCAGUGGCUUUGUCAAGGACCAGAAAUCAGAAAGAGGUACAGUUUAUAUUAUGAAGACUGAUUUGUUUUACCACUCAUCAAGUCUGCCGGGAUGCUUUUCAAAAACUUAACAAUUUUACUUGUAAAAUAAAUUAUCCUUUCUCAAAUACCGGCCCCUGGGUCUCUGAUGGUGGAAAGCUUUCUGUCGCCUUUUCAUAAUGAAACACUUAUUAUAUGGCCCUUAUAAAGUUGAAGUACUCUUGUACUGGUAGCCACUCAUACCUUGUUAUAGAGAGUAGUGUCGGGAAUUGGCUGGGAUUUCGUAAUCAAUCAUCAGAAAUAAUCAGAUUGACUCACCUGAUAGAUCAUCUACAUGUUUUAAUACAUAGAUUUAGCCAGGACUAAAAGCGAAGCUCUCAAUAAUAUUUAUUGUUUGUUCAAACAAGUUAUAAAAUCAUGUAAUGCUAACCGGCGAAGGCAACGAGAACAGCGAAAAUACACAACAAUAGGUCUAAUUAGCAGAAAAUCAACUUUUCACGUGCAGCACACCUUUUUUCUACAUUUCUUUGCCGUUAUUUUGCACGACUACAGCGUCAAACUUCCAGAAACUUUUGUUACACAUUUUAUUUUUUUUCACUGUUGCUCACUUUCACCCUGGUGGCUGCUAGCAUUUCUCAUUUUCUCACCAAUGCUACAAAAUUUCAUGUUGUUCCUCCAACAAAAAGUGUCUCCUUUGUUUUUUCUAUCUCGCCCUAGCUCUUUUUCUCAUUGAGCUUCGCUGACCUGUCUCCUUACUUUCUCUUUUUCUCUGUCUUUCUCUUUCUCUUUUUCUUUCUUCCGUUUUCGUCUUUAUUGACUCUGUAGUUGUCUCUGCUUCACAAGACGCAGGUGACCAUACACUUUCCUGCCAAAAUAACCUGACAUUUGUUAUCGGCUUACAUGUAGUGGGUGUACGGACGGUCAGCAUUUGUAUGCUUCGUCAUAAGCAAAUUUUCUUGCUUUCAUAGGUUACCAAUUUAUCUUAGCAAUGGGGCUCCUCCACGUGCGCUUCGCGCAUGAGAGCUUCACUAUAAACAGAAGAAUCUCUUUGUAAGUUCAUCUUUGUGCAAGUCAAAGUACUUGAAAUACAAACGUCUGACCUAGAACUUGGAGGGUUAUAUGAGUUUGAUUCUUGUUUGGAGAAAUAUUAUUUUUUUGUACUUUCAGGCGAUUGAAUUCUCUUUCUACAACAACACACAAGAUUUUAAUUUGCCAACAAGAAAUUCUAUUUUUUUCCACACAACAAUAUUGAUUGAAAAUUACUUUUCUGAUUAUUGGGUCAUUUCAGUAUUAAAGGUUUCAAUACUAUCUGUCUUCUCAAUAUCUGAGAACCUACAGUUAAUUUUAGAAAUCAGUGCAACCUACAGCUUAGUUAGUUAUCUUUAUUCUGCUAGCACAUUAGUGACUAAUCUGUAGGUUGCCCACACAAUGCAUGAUUUCCAAGAGGAAAGUCAAACUUUGUUCUGUGUGAUGGUGUGUUUGUCAUUAUUUUCUUCAAAAUAAUGUAUAAUAAUACAAUUAUUUGAUUCGGUUUUUGUGACAUCUGGAAUACUCAAGGUCUCAUUAAGUGCUAUCAGCCUCAGCCAUCAGCUCGGCUGAUAAUACUUACCUUGACCCUGAUGAUUCCAGAUAUCACAAAAAAACCCUCAUCUAAUAAAUUUUUAUAAUGGAUGAUCGGAACACUACUAAUGGAGAGCUUGUUGAUGAAAAGACAUGAAUGUUAACUAGUAGCUUCCUGCUGUAAUAUUGUUGUCACUUUAAUUUUUUUAGGGAUUGAGGGAGCUGAAAUAAAUGUCCUUGAUCGUAAUCAUCCUGUGAAAAGUGCGAAGGACGGUGACUAUUGGCGAUUGCUUGUUCCAGGUAAAUACAAGGUGAAGGUGAGCAAACGUGGGUAUUUUCCGGUCACAAAGAAUAUUCAAGUCAACGAUGGGCUGGCCACAAAGGAGGACUUCAUCUUGCAACCAAUUGGAAAGAUGCAUUUAAAGCAUGAUGAAGGCAGCACUAACUUGCAAGAAGUCUUACUUGAAAAGAAGCCAGUCCCUGUCGGAUUGGUAAUCGGUCUUACAUUGGUUUGUCUUAUUGCCCUGAGUCUCACAUUGGCUCUAACUAUAAUGCUUGUAACGAAAUACAAAAACAGAGGUGCUGACCGUAAAGCCCGGUAUGCGGCAGUCCACACUGAACCAUAA